AUUCAAAUUGCACUUAUGCAAAUUGAAACUUAUUCGCAUGGUAAUUGCUCGUAUCAUGCGGUGCAACCAGUGUGACUAAAUGAUAAUGCCAUGAUGGCCGUGGCUAUGCACAGCCCCGUUACCACCACCGCCAAACCCACCGUAGCCUUCACCACUCCACAAAACUACGCUUCCAGACUCUCCCAUCUCCUCACUCUCAAAUCCUUAACUCCCCUCUGGUGUCCCACAAUAAUCACCCAACCCACUCCACAAACCCUCUCCUCUCUGGCCCUGCACCUCGCCCCUCACUCCAUUUCUCCCAUCUCCGCUAUUCUCUUCCCUUCCCGCACCGCAAUUACCGCAUUCUCUAAAGCUAUAUGCUCACUCGCAACUCCUCUAUUGCAUCCUUCUCAUGAUGCAAUGAUCAUUGGGGCUUUAGGCAAAGACGCCGAGUUGAUAGACUCUGCGUUUUUGCUUAAUAUUUGUUCUAGUAUUAAUAGGAUUAGGGCCUUAGUCCCUCAAACCGCCACGCCAAGCGGUUUGGUCCAAUCACUUGGUGCUGGAGGUGGUCGGAGGGUUUUGUGUCUAGUCCCGAAAAUUGUGGGACUAAAGGAGCCUCCAGUUGUUCCGGAUUUUCUCCGGGAACUGGAGGCCGCCGGGUGGGUUCCGAUUAGGGUUGAUGCUUAUGAGACACGUUGGUUGGGACCCACCUGCGCGGAGGGGAUAGUGAAGGAGGAGGGAUUGGAUGGUGUGGUGUUUACUAGCAGUGCUGAAGUGGAAGGGUUGUUGAAAAGUUUGAGUGAGUAUAGAUGGGAUUGGAAGAUGGUGAAGCAGAGAUGGCCGGAAUUGGUGGUGGCUGCACACGGGCCGGUGACCGCAGCUGGGGCUGAGAGAUUGGGUGUAGAUGUUGAUGUUGUGAGUGAUAGGUUUAGUAGUUUUGAAGGCGUCGUAGAUGCUUUAUAUAGUAGAUUGCAAGGUUUGAGUUCUAACUGUUUGUGAAUUUGUCUCAAUGAAAGCCCAAAUAAGAAUUUCCUUUA